AUGGAGAACCUGCAUCCACACUGCCUUAAAUGCAUCAACAGAAGGUGCAUGGCCAAACCAGAGCCGGGUGUCUCCUGCGAUCUGGUUGGCUGCCCUCUCGUCUGCGGGGCUGUUUUUCACUCCUGCAAGCUGGACGAACAUCGUCUCCUGUGCCCCUACGAAAGACUGCCGUGCCUAAACAGCGGCUUCGGCUGCCCCUUCACCGUCAAGAGAAUCAAAAUGGCGCAGCAUCUGGAGACGUGCCCUGCCAGCAUAGUUUGUUGCACAAUGGAGUGGAACCGGUGGCCUGUGAGCUACGCCGAUCACAAGUCCUACGAAAACCUGAGCAAAGACUUUGACGAGGUGGAGCAGCUGGACAUGGCUCUAGCUCUUCAGGAUCAGAGGAUGCUAUUGGAAUCGCUGAAAGUUACAACCAACGUGUCGAAGAACGGAGAAAAGGGAGCAGGUUAUGGGAAUGAAAUGGCGUCGGUGUUGGGCAGUGAAACGGUAGAAAUGGAGGAAGAACCUUACAACAACUUGUACAGAGCUUCAGGGGAGGCGACCAGGAGCUUAGCUGCUGCGCUCGACAUCCUCACUAAUUCCAACAACAUUGGCAAAAUCAUCGAAAAUAUAAAUGGAGAUAAGAGUGGAGUGGUCCAUAAUGGAGAAAAUGGGGAAAUCAGGCAUGUUGCUGAAGGCGGGAGGAACGUAGAAAUGCUUGAGAGUGACAGUGAUUCAGAGUGUGAGCUGGGGGCUGUGGGUGGAGUUGAUUGCGCUGUGGAAACGGACGGAGAUGAAGAUGCUGCUAACUGGUCUGAAGAAAGGAACUUUGUGGAAUUGCAUUUUGAGGAAAAAGAUGUCGUCAUCAAUGAACCAAUUCAAAACGGUGACCUCGUCUGGCCUCUCAUCCCUCAGGACUACAUACCCGUCGUAGCACCGGAGCCUCCCGCGCCCCAGCUGGUCCCGCUCACACCGCCAUUCCUGGUGUCGGAUCAAGUGAGAAGGAGCUUCUGCAGGUAUCGGUGUUGGAAGCAGAACUUAGAAGUGCUCAGCAUGUUUACAUAUAACGUCCCCCAGGCCCUGAUCAACCCUUACUUGUUUCGAGUAAAAAUGGAGGACAAAGCGGUGGACACAUCUGACCUGGAGGUAGAGGAGGACCCGAUGGGGCUCCAUGGCAUUGACCUCAUCACUGCGGCGUUGCUGUUUUGCCUCGGGGAUUCCCCGGGAGGCCGGGGGAUCUCCGACAGCAGGUUCGUCGACGGCUACCACAUUGACUUUGGCACUCAGACAUUCUCCUUCCCUUCCGCCAUCCUUGCCACGAACACCAUGGUGGGCGACAUCGCCUCAGCCUCGGCCUGCGACCACGCCAGUCCGCAGCUUUCCAACCCCAGCCCCUUCCACACGCUGCGGCUGGAACUGGUGCUUGAAUGCGUCGCGCGGUACCAAACCAAACAGCGCUCCAUGUUCACGUUCGUGUGCGGGCAGCUCUUCCGACGCGACGAGUUUUCGUCUCACUUCAAGAACGUCCACGGGGACAUCCACGCUGGCCUCAACGGCUGGAUGGAGCAGCGUUGCCCCUUGGCGUAUUACGGCUGCACUUACUCCCAGAGGCGCUUCUGUCCGUCCGUGCAGGGCUUUCGGAUCAUCCACGACAGACACCUGGGUUCCUUUGGAGUGCAGCCCGGAUUGCCUUUGAAAACCGGAGACAGCCACUCAAGAAAGCCCCACCACAUCGACGCUCAGUACGAUCAGUUUAGCAGUCUUCCUUUUGAGGUGCUGCAGCACAUAGCAAGCUUUCUCGACAGUUUCAGUCUGUGCCAGCUGUCCAGAGUGUCUCGCACCAUGAGGAACGUGUGCGCCAGUCUGCUUCAGAUGCGUGGCAUGGUCGUCCUGCUGUGGGAGAAGAAGCGGCGCGACGACGGGUCUCCUUCGUGGCAAAUAACGCACAAGGUGUGGCGCUUCAGCACGGCCUUCGGCACGGUGAACGAGUGGAAGUUCGCCGACAUUGCCAGCAUGGCCGACCACCUGAAGAAGUGCAAGUUCAACACAAUCGCCCGCCGGGAGGAAGCCAUUCCUCUGCCGUGCAUGUGCUUCACCAGGGAGCUCACGAAAGAGGGAAGAUGUUUACGAUCGGUUCUGAAACCAGUAGCAUGAACACUGAUGGCAUUUUUUUGACACCUUUUUCUUUUUUGACUGACCAAGAGAACUUUGAUCUACUUGUACGUUCUUCAGCGUUUACAGACGUUUACUCUCUCCACGCUUCAAAACUGCAACUCCAGUUAAAACGGUGUCAAUUUCAGGUUAUUCUUUGUUUCACUUUAAUUUACAGGAGACUGUCAGCAAGGUGUUGUGGUUCAGCUGAGGUCGCGCUGAAAUUCAAACGUUUUUCUCCACAGCAUCUCAAAUGGUUCCACUAAAACGUACAUUAGCUCCGUUUUAAAUAGAUUAGGUUUUUACUGAAAUAUAACGUUGUGAUAUUCAAUAUCUAUUAUGAUUUACCUAAAUUUUCCCCUACUUUCUUUCUAUUUCGUCAGAAGGAUCUUGAUCUGGGAAAGGCGAAUAGUAGAAGUUCACCUUAUUGGCAAAAUAUACAAGAUCAUUCCUAUUUCUUGGCCCAAAACAAAUGCCUACAACCUAUAUACAUGUUUUGCUAAACCCUACUUUUCUAUAUAAUGAAUGAUUUUUAUAUAUA